GACAGGCAUUCCUGAGGACAGUGAGUUUUCCAGGAGAGGACGCUGGAGCUAAAACCCCGGCUUUGCGAAGGCAGCCGGUGAGUGACACAAGACCAAGACACCGCUCUAAAAUAAAGCAAGAAAAUGCGUGAUGGGAGGCAAGGACCUGGCUCUGCAGGUCCUGCAUCCUUAUUAGGCAGCGUGGACUCAAUUCCGGGAGAACAAGAGACCACAUAUAGAUCAAGUCUCAUAAACAUACCCACAGUUCGUGCAUCUCACUAGUUAAAAGGCUGGCUAUCCGCUCCUUGUAAGGGUUCCUGCUACAUAAACUUGAAGUUGGCGUGGUCUCUCUCCCCUCCCUCCCACGUUCCUCCCUACAGCCUACCCUUCGCCCCUCAGAAUCCAUGUAAGGUGUCUUUCCCCAAAAGCUAUGACCACGUCCUUCACAAGCUGUUCCUUAGCUCUGCUCAGGAAUCCCGGUUUCUCUCCCUUUGGCCUGAGAAGCUUCUCUCCUGCUGGCAGAGGCUAACUAACCUCUCUCAGAGUCUUGACCCCACGUCCUCCUGGAAAACCUCACUAGCUCCCUCCCCCACAUCCUCUGGUGUUUAUUGCAGUGUUGAAGUUCCAAAGGCUUCUCUCUGUCUCUCAAGUUCAAAAUGAGCCCGAGAAUCUUCUUCAGUGUAAGACCCCCACCGAGGCUGCCUCCUAUCUUUCUCCUUAGAGCUCACCAUAGGCCCAGUAAACACUACAAAAGAGUGCCAGCUUACAGCAUGACCCCGUGCUAUACCCAUCAUCCCUGUCUGUAGCCCUGCUUAUGCCACCUAGGUCCAUGCCCAAGGGCUCCCCAACUUCGCCACACAUGACUCCUGAGGAGCUCCUAUGAUGUAAGGCUCCACCCCACCUUAUGUCUGUUUUCUCCAGAGAGCCCACUGGCCCUGCCCCCAGCAGGCCCAAGCUAACUGGAGCAGACAAAAGUUGGCUUGCAGUGUGACCCUGUUCAGGAAGCCAUGAGAGGAGACAGCAGGGCCCUCACUGAUCUGUAGAUUAGGACUGGGGCCAAGAGCAUCUAUCUCACAGGGGUAGCUUGCAUGAAAAGGAUGCCCCUCUGUGUUGCUCUUGCCUGGCUUGUUGAGGUACUUCCUCAGCUAAUCUGCAUGAGGAGUAUGAUGUCUUGCUUCUGAAGAGCUGCCAAAGCUCUCAAAGCUGCCCACUGUGUGGGGCCUGUUAGCUAGACAAGUCCUGCAGGGGCUGAAAAGGACACAUCCAGCAAAGCGGAUGCAUUAACGUGGUGGUCGAGUGAGGGCAUGCUGGUGAGGAGGGCAGGAAGUCAGUUUGGACCGUCAGGAUCCAUUGUCCUAGGACCAGCCACAGCUCAGAGACGGAGAGAAGCCCAGCUUGUCAUGAGCACGUGCCUCUCCCAGCAGCUGUGUGUUCUGGGUGGAAAGAUGCUGUGAAGGGGACAGGAAAGGGGAGGCCUCCUACAAUGGAGUCAGCCAAUGAAGUGCCAAGCCAGAUCUGCUCCCUAGAGAUUCAUCAGGCCUUGGUAGGCUCUCCUGGAUAUUGUCAGAAGCUGAGGCCAUCCUGGACACUCUUGGAUCUGUAGUACCAGACGAAAUCUUCCCAAUUGCUGGAAAGAGGAUUUGCUGAAACGUGCGCCUAGGAAUACAGGAGUUUUCAGUGUCUGGACCCUGAAGAAGGAAACAAAGACCUCAGAACAGCAUAUCUUUCCACAGUGUGCCACCUCAGUACCAAAGGGCCCAGGGAAGCUGUGCAAGAAGGUCUCAAUGUUCCUUGUGAUCACUGAUAUUUGAGAUCCAGAAGUCUCCCCAUGGCUCCUUAUCACAUCCGCCAGUACCAGGAGAGGGACCACACAAGGGUCCUGGAGUUGUUCUCCAGGGGCAUGGAGGAGCAUGUCCCUGCCACCUUCCGUCAUAUGUUGACACUGCCCCAAACCCUCCUGCCCUUACUUGGGGUGCUUGUAAUCAUAGUCCUGGUGUCUGGCUCCUGGCUCCUGGCCACAGUGUGCAGCUUCCUCGUGCUCCUUUGCCUGUGGCUCCUUGUCUGGCUUUUUUGCAGAAAGUAUGUGGCUACAUGUUGUCAUACAGACCUGGCUGACAUCACUAAGUCCUAUCUGAAUGCACAUGGCUCCUUCUGGGUGGCUGAGUCUGGGGACCAGGUGGUGGGUAUAGUGGGUUGUCUGCCAGUCAAGGCUCCCCCAUCAGGGAGGAAGCAGCUGCAGCUCUUUCGCCUGUCUGUGUCCUCACAGCAUCGAGGACAGGGGAUAGCGAGAGCCCUGGUCAGAACUGUCCUCCAGUUUGCACGGGACCAGGGCUACAGGGACGUUGUCCUUGAGACUAGCAUUGUGCAGUAUAGCGCGUUGGCUCUCUACCAGGCCAUGGGCUUCCAGAAGACAGACGAGUACUUUGCCAGCAUAACCAUGAGGUUAAUGGCUCUCUCUAUCUUUCACUUUACUUACUUUCUCCCUUUUGCUUGGGAACCAGGGAUGUGAUCAUUUUCUUUGUCUCUGAGGUUCCAGUUCGCUCUGCUGUAGGAACAAGCAAACCCUGGUAGUUUACUGCUGCCCGUCACAGGAGCUCAUUUUUCCUUCCUUUCAGAUCCAGCCUUGCUGAUGGUGAGGUGGGUGUUGGCUUCGGCUCCCAUUCUGCCCUUUUAAGUCACUCUUCGAUCUUUCUAGUGCUGUGAUAAUACAGCGCAGAACCCAGCCUGAGCCCAUACUGCACACAUUUCCUAUAUGAGUCCAUCAGCUAUCAGUUUCAGCUAGGUGGUCUCAGAAGUUCCAGCAGCCCAGUCAAGAUGUAGGAUCUUUGCGGAGAGGCCAAAAUGAACACAGAAAGGAGCAAAGGUUUUCCUGGGACACCGAACUUGUCACUUAGGAAAAAUCUAAGGCUUGCAUAGAAACAGAGCCUCCUCUGGUAGAGGCACAGCACAGUCAUGGGUCAGGGUGACCUGUCCCCUCUGAGAACCGGAGCAGUGAUACACUUAACUUACUCCUGUAGCAUGAAUCUUAACAGUUCUUAUUAAUAAGGUCAAACCCGAGGCCAGUUAUUGGGGUCAAUGCUGGAAGGUCAGAGUACCAGAACAAGCCACAGCUAUCUCACCUUGCCGGAUCCUCAGUUGGUCUUGUCUCCUCAGACUGGAGGCCUCUGAGUCCUCAUCCAGAAUGGGUCUCAGCUGAAUUGCUGCUGAAAGGUUUACAACACGCCCCCACGGUCGGGCGUGUUCGCAUAUGCCCAACAGACACUUCCACCUAGCCAGUUCCAGGUCAGGAUAGCCAUUUCCGGGUCAGGGCAUCUUGCGUGACCAAGAUCCGUGAUGUUCCAUUGGCUACGUAGGCGCGCAACGUGGCCAUGUGAUCUACGCGCUUGCGUGUAAUAGUGACGCUGAUCUGUCCACGCCCAGCCUUUAAAAUCCGGCGCCAUGUUCCCGGUUUCUUCUUCUUCUUCCUCCUUCUUCUCCACACACGUGCUUCCCGCAGGCCUGUUCACUCUCUGUCCCUUUACCUUUAAUAAAACUCUUGUUAGCGGAUUCUGUCGUGUUUCGUGGCAUUUCCUUGCAGGGUAAGAACACAACGCAGCCGAAAAACUAACAUUUUGGUGCCGAAACCGAGCGGGCGCUUCCGGGCGCCCUGCGCCUGGAAACCCGUAAACCGGGGACUGCAACACUCUGCUCCGUACGCGACAGACCGCUCUCCAUUUUGCCUGACCGCAGAAAUUCCAUGCAACACCGCUUUCUCCGAUUGGUGAGUCCCCCCCAUUUUUCGGCCAGUGUAAACGGUUUCCUGAAUCUGUGAGAACAACCGGUACCUCACCAGUAUUCUUGAGACCGGGGUAACCCCUGGCCACGGUCUUCAUUGGCUACGGUCGGCCCCUAUCGCAGGCCUGAGAUUUCUAGCCCUCUCCCACGUCUGCAGCCUGAGAUAUUUCUCGCGUUGGGACCACCACCGUUGGGUGCGUCCUGGGGGCCACGUGGGGCCGACACGUUCAUCCGACUUGACGAAGCGGCAGACGCUGUCCGGAUUCCCGGGGAAUCCUUUCCUCACGUGGCAGGGGCCCCCGCUUCUGUGGCUGACGAGCCAAGGAGCGGCUUGUGCCCGGGAUCCGUCCUUGGCCUUGGGGACGCCUGGGGCCUUGGCUCCGGAUCAAGUUUGUUUUUUUAUCUUUUUUAUUUUUCUGCCUCUCCGCUGCAGACAUGGGAAACAAGGCUUCCAACCCUGUUAGUCCUUCCUCUUCGUUAGGCUGUCUUGUUGAAGCUUUAAAACCUCUCAGUUUAAUGCCUUACAUAAAGAUUCCUAAGCUAACUCGUCUAUGUUCUAAAAAAUGGCCAAAGUAUGCUUUAGAAAACAACAAAAAAUGGCCGCCGAGCGGCUCCUUAGAUCCCGAUAUUUUACGGGAGUUAUCUAAUUACUGUCAGCGCUCAGGCAGAUGGAAAGAGUUGCCCUAUGUCAUAGCGUUUUUUCUUUCUCAGUGCUAAACCAUCUCUUCUGGAUUCCUUCUCUCCUGAUCAUAUGCUCCUGGCUAUGCCUGAACCGGAGGAUUCUCUGACUCCGGAAUCUCUGACUCUAGAUCCUGCUAACGAACCUCCACCUAUUCAACCUCCAGCUCCAACUCCUAGAACAACUGUUCCUUCCGCUCCCCUUCCGGAUUCUUCUUCUUCUAAAGCUGCUCCUUCCUCGGCAGCGGCCGGUUCCAAAGGCCCUGCCCUAGCUCCAAACUUCACUCCUCCUAUCACCCGCUCUCGGACUGCUAAAUUGUCGGAUUCCAGCCAUCCAAAACUUUCCACUGUUCUCCCUUUGCAGAGGUGACUGAUGUGGAUGGACUGAUUAAGGUUCAUGUUCCAUUCUCUCUAGCAGAACUCUCUCAGAUAGAAAGUAAGCUGGGUUCUUAUACUUUUAAUUCUGCUGCCUUUAUUAAACAGUUUCAAUAUAUAACUCAAUCUUAUAAUCUCACCUUUCAUGAUAUAUUCAUGAUACUUUCUAAUAACUUACUUCCUGAGGAGCGCAGGCGGGUUUGGGAGCAGGCUAGGAUUCAUGCAGACGAAAUUCAUCAAACUAACCUCUCACACCCACCAGGAGCUGAGGCGUUUCCUGACCGAGAGCCACACUGGGAUUAUAACACCCAGGGUGGCUGUCUAGCCAGAGAUAGGUUUAUUACCUGUCUCCUGACAGGUCUCCGUAAGGCUGCCCUAAAACCAGUAAACUAUGAAAAACUAAAAAUGGUUAAUCAAGAUAAGGACGAAAAUCCGUCUCAUUUCCUAGAGCAGCUCACCAAGGCUCUACUUCAGUUCACUAGCUUAGACCCGGAGAGCCCUGAGGGCAGGCAGCUGCUAAUAACCCAGUUUGUCUCACAGAGCUUCCCUAACAUUAGGGAUAAACUUAAACGUUUGGAGAACGGCCCUCUAACUCCACAGGCAGAUGUGCUGGUGAUAGCGUUUAAGGUGUUACAUGGUAGAGAUGAAAAAGCCCAUAAAAGGAGCUGCCAGAUGCUGGCAAGCACUGCCCGACCGGCUCCCCGAAAGUCAUCUGGUCCCUGCUUCAAGUGUGGGAGAGAAGGCCAUUGGGCCCAGGCUUGCACCACCGGCCCAUGAAGGGCACCGACAAAGCCUUGUCCAAAGUGUUGCCAAAAGGGUCACUGGUCAGCUGACUGUCCUAAUGUCCCAAGCGACAUAGGAACGCCAGAUGAAGACCACCCUCCAGCUGACUUUGUAGGCUUGGCUUACAGCGAGGACUGCUGCUGCCUGGUUUCUGCCCCGGCCACUCCCAUCUCACACAGGGAACCUAGGGUAAUUAUAAAGGUCAAUGGGCAGCCCCAUCUCGUUCCUUUUGGACACCGGAGCUACCUACUCUGUCCUGAGAGAGUUUUGGAGGCCCACCUCUCCUGCUCGUCUCCCUAUUGUCGGGGUUGGGGACAGCCUUAUCUACCUCAUCAGACACCACCACUCAGUUGCAUUUUCAGAGGCAUCCCUCUCACACACACAUUCUUAGUGGUGCCAAGCUGCCCUGUACCUUUAAUGGGGAGGGAUCUUCUAGCUAAGGUAGGAGCGUCCAUUUCUUUCGCUCCACACAUAUUCGCCUCAUCCCAGACGCGCCAGCGGCUCCUUUACUUCUCCUCCUAGCCACUCACUCUUCUGACUCUAACAAUUCCUUUCCCCUACCAGUCUCUCAGGUAGACACAGUCUCUCAGGUAGACACACAGAGCCGGAGGCAAAAAGGACCAUCAAAAAUAUCCAGGCGGUAAGGAAUAAUGUAAUACAAUAAUCUAUCAUUGUUCAAUACUCACCAACUGAUCACCUGCGUUUCCUAAAUGCUAACCUAAUAAGGGAAACCGGUGCCUUAAAUAAACUACCUCUAAUAAGGCUUGUCUCAGAUAAAAAUUAAGCAGAGUACUAAGGCCAGAUCUACCUCAGGUAAAUAUCACAUGUCUCUAUCUGGACAGGCCAGAUCUACCUCAGACAAAUGCCAACUCCAAAAUAAAAUAAUAAUGAUUCUUUCUCUCUAAGCUUUUUCUAUGUCAACAGUGUCUUGUCAAACAGAAGGUUCCUAGCCACAGCACGGAGGGUUCCCAGCCACAGCACGGAUAGACAGCCGCAGAACAAGGGGACGGCAGAACUUUAUUCCAGGACCUGCCCACCAACAUCCCAGGACUUCACAAGAUACCCUCUCAUCCCCCUGCCCCCCAAGAGCCAACCAACGCCCACUAUUCAGCUGGAAGCAGUCUUUGAGAGAAACGUCGCCCCCCAUACCCAGGCAACCACAAUUUUUUUCUUUUUUAAAAAAGGAAGAGUCAGGGAUGAAAGGUUUACAACACGCCCCCACGGUCGGGCGUGUUCGCAUAUGCCCAACAGACACUUCCACCUAGCCAGUUCCAGGUCAGGAUAGCCAUUUCCGGGUCAGGGCAUCUUGCGUGACCAAGAUCCGUGACGUUCCAUUGGCUACGUAGGCGCGCAACGUGGCCAUGUGAUCUACGCGCUUGCGUGUAAUAGUGACGCUGAUCUGUCCACACCCAGCCUUUAAAAUCCGGCGCCAUGUUCCCGGUUUCUUCUUCUUCUUCCUCCUUCUUCUCCACACACGUGCUUCCCGCAGGCCUGUUCACUCUCUGUCCCUUUAAUAAAACUCUUGUUAGCGGAUUCUGUCGUGUUUCGUGGCAUUUCCUUGCAGGGUAAGAACACAACGCAGCCGAAAAACUAACAGCUGCUCCAAAGCCUGAAAGCUUAACCAGCCAAAUGCUUCUAGUUUCUGGUCCUCAUGCCUUAUGUACCUUUUUGCUUUCUACCACCACUCCCUGGGAUUAAAGGCUGCUUUCUGGGAUUAAAGGCGUGAGUCACCAUGCCUGGCUGUUUCCAAUGCCGCCUUGAACUCACAGAGAUCCAGAGGGAUUUCUGUCUCUGGAAUGCUAGGAUUAAAGGCGUGUGCUAACAUUUUCUAGCCUAAGUAUCUUGUGGCUUUUCUGUUCUCUGACCCCAGAUAAGUUUAUUAAGGUACACAAUAUUUUGGGGAACACAAUACCACCACAUACUCCUAAGCCACCUUUGUGGCAAGGGGAGGAAGGUGACCUGUCCCCUCUGAGAACUGGAGCAGUGAUACACUUCACUUACUCCUAAGCCACCUUUGUGCCAGGGGAUGGGGGUGGGUGGGGAGGGGGGACGGGUGGGGGUGGGGCGUGACCUCUGGUGCAGUGAGAGACAUUUUGAAUGACCUCUCCUGGGUGUAGUGAUCCCCCCUGGUCUUAUUUGGUCCUGGUCUUGUGGAAAACCACAACUAAAUGCUCCAAACAUGGAGCAUCCUUGUGGAUCCAGGAGGAGGCUAUGGAAUCAAGAAGUGUCAUGAAUAGAUCACUCUAGAGAGGAAUCCCAGAACCAACUGACACUUGCUUGAGUUGGGCAGCAGUGGCGUCCAGUGAUCCUGGUUAUCCUCUGUAAACAGGUUUCAUAAGCCCAAGCCUAAGUGUCUUACAGAUAAGACAAUAGUUAAUGCAAUUCAGGAGUUGGAACAAAGGCAUUCUCAGAACUGAGGUUGUGGGGUGGAAAUUCCAGUGCUAGGUGGAGGCAGCCUCUGUUGGGAAGGAGAAGCCUGAGGUCCCCCCAAACCACAAAUGAUGUCGCCACUGGUUUUGGCUGAAUGUCAACACUAGAAUCACAUGCUUCGGUUUCAGACAUGGAGGAGUCCAGCAGGAGGUGGGCUGGAGGAUCUCUGUCUGCAGACUGGAUUUCCAGUGCCAAGAGGCUCAACGCAGGCUGCUGGGGGGGGGAUUGUUACAGAUGGUCUUGCUUGGUUCCAGACCCUGUGUGCUACACUGUUACACGCCAGAACCAUGUACGUAGUGGUACAGUAGUGACAUUGUUAUGUGUGCCAACAGCUGCUUUCUGAUCAAACUGAAGGCCUGUCCCAAAGAGGGAACUCCUAGGGAGUACUUCAGGUCAACACAAAGUCCUGUGGCUGUGGAGGUUAUAGGCCCCAGCAAGGAGACGACCACUAUUGUUUUAUUUUUUUUUAUUAAGUAUAAUGUGUCCACUUAAUAAACAUUUGUUUAUGCCCACGGAUGACUGCUGUACCAGCCUCAGUAUGAAGGGAGACCUUUCACAGUGGGUGGUGGUUAUAUCAGGAACUUGUAACUUGUCAAAUUGCUGAGAAUAAGUGACUGUUCCUUUGGUACAGCCCAAUAUUGAGUGAUAAAUAGGAGAAAAUAGAUGUAUAUAUAUACCGUCUGCUCCAAGGCUUAGGAGAGCUGUGGAAGAGGGUGCGUAAAAAUUUAAGAUCUCGAGUGGGUGGAGUGUUUGGUCUGAAUUGAAACAUCCUCUCAUGGAGGGCUGACAAAGGCUUGGAAGACUCAGGAAAGGGCUCUCAUGAGCUCUCCCUAAAGUCACCUAAGCAGUAAACAUUUUCUAGCAGAGAGAAGUCUCUUAGGAACCCCAGUGUUGCAGAUUUUGUGUGCUUUUACCCAUGCAGCGGCGGGCUUUCAAUUAAUGUAGCUGCCUGGGUCACCCAUGUUCUUUUUUUUUUUUUUUUUUUUUUUUUUUGGUUUUUCGAGACAGGGUUUCUCUGUGUAGCUUUGUGCCUUUCCUGGAACUCACUCUGUAGCCCAGGCAGGCCUCGAGCUCACAUCACCCAUGCUCUUAAGUAACUCCAGUAAACUGUUUCAUUAAACUUGA